GAGUGGAUACGGCGAAGCUGGUUGACCAUGGCCUGCUUCGUCAGGAUAUCGCCGCCGUCCUCCUCGUGCUCGCUUCCCGGCCAUGGACAUGCCAGUACUAGCACUAGCAUUAGCAGGCUAAAAGGGGGAUUAUUGCAGUGUUGUGUUCUUCCCCGCGGGGCUGGGGCCGGCGCCUACGGCAGCCAGUACUCGGACGUGAUCCCGGCGGCGGCGGCCCUGGGACUGCCCCCGCCGCCGAGCUCGAGCGGGCGGCUGCGCAUCUUCUCCGGCACGGCGAACCCAACGCUGGCGCAGGAGGUGGCGUGCUACCUGGGCAUGGAGCUGGGAAGGGUGAAGAUCAAGCGGUUCGCUGACGGGGAGCUGUACGUGCAGCUGCAGGAGAGCGUGCGCGGCUGCGACGUGUUCCUGGUUCAGCCCACCUGCCCGCCGGCCAACGAGAACCUCAUGGAGCUCCUCAUCAUGAUCGACGCCUGCCGCCGCGCCUCCGCCAAGACCAUCACCGCCGUCGUCCCCUACUUCGGCUACGCCCGCGCCGACCGCAAGAUGCGCGGCGGCCGCGAGUCCAUCGCCGCCAAGCUCGUCGCCAACCUCAUCACGGAGGCCGGCGCCCACCGCGUGCUCGCCUGCGACCUCCACUCCGGCCAGUCCAUUGGCUACUUCGACAUCCCCGUCGACCAUGUGUACGGCCAGCCCGUCAUCCUCGACUACUUGGCCAGCAAGACCAUCUGCCCCGACGAGGUGGUGGUCGUGUCCCCGGACGUCGGCGGAGUCGCCCGUGCGCGCGCCUUCGCCAAGAAGCUCUCGGACGCGCCGCUCGCCAUUGUCGACAAGCGGCGCCAGGGCCACAACCAAUCGGAGGUGGUGCACCUCAUCGGCGACGUGAGGGGGAAGGUGGCCGUGAUGGUGGACGACAUGAUCGACACGGCGGGGACUGUGUCCCAGGGCGCCGAGCUGCUGCACAGGGAGGGCGCCAGAGCCGUCUAUGCCUGCAGCACCCACGCUGUCCUCAGCCCGCCGGCGGUCGAGAGGCUGUCCAGCGGUCUCUUCCAGGAGGUGAUCGUCACCAACACCGUCCCCGUGAUGCACCACCGGAGCUUCCCCCAGCUCACGGUCCUCUCUGUCGCCAAUCUCCUCGGCGAGACCAUCUGGCGCGUUCACGACGACUGCUCAGUCAGCAGCAUCUUCCAGUAAGAUUCAGAUUGCAUGCAUAUCUA